AAAGACGAAGACAGAUAUCUAGAGAGUUAGAGAGAGGGAGAGGUUAUGGCUAUUGACGUUUGUUGUUCAGAGGCUUCUGGUUCUGGAAUCAGUCCAAGAAUCUCAUUCUCCUACGAUCUAGACUCAACGGACGACGGUGAAGUUAGAUUAGACUCAACACUUCUUGAUUCAGGUUCGGAGUUCGAUUUCUGCUUUGGCUCAAGUUGUUCUAUUCAAGAAGUUUCUCCGGCUGAUGAACUCUUCUCCGAAGGCAAGAUUCUUCCCGUACAGAUCAAGAAAGACGAAUCUUUUCCCCAGACAGUAACCUUUCGGGUUCAAAGAUCAUCUUCUCUCUCAUCAUCAUCAUCUUCUUCUUCUUCCUCCUCUUCUUCCUCAUCCAGAGCACCAGAAAAGAAGAUGAGACUCAAAGAGCUUCUAUUGAAUCCUGAAUCUGAUUUCGAAGACAAGCCAAGAGGACUAUUCUUACAGUUCAAGAGAAGCAUAAGUCUUAACUACGACAAGAGCCGAAACAGCAAAGGGCUAAUCAGAUCGCUUCAUUUCCUCUCACGGAGCAACUCCACUCCAAACCCUAAUCUUAACUUGCUCCCCAAGGAAACUCAUCAACCUCACAAGACUCACAAUCUUCCUAAACACAAGUCUUGCUUAAGAAGAUCAUCUUCGCUCUCUUCAUCAGUCCCUUAUCACUCGAAGCCACUCGGCAGAAAGAGUUUCGGAAACGGAAACGGUGGAAUUCGAGUCAGUCCGGUCCUGAAUUUCCCACCGCCGGCGUUUAUCUCAAACGUCGCCGACGGAUUUUUCAGCAUUGGAUCUCUCUGUAAUGGUAAGACAAACACAAAGACAAAAUUGUGAAAAACAUUUUUUGUUUUUUUGUGGCCGGAGAGGGAAAAAAAAUUCAAACAGAAAAUGUCUUUAUUUUUUUUAUUUGUUACUGUUUGUAUAAUGAUGGAAUAUAAAUAUCGACAGCACAU